AUGCUAGAGCAGCAAGUUAUAAAGUACGACAAUCUUCACUUAAAUACUUUACGACACGACAUUAAUACGAACAGAAAUUCUCCUGUUAUGGAAGAAAAGGACAGGACUGAGCACGAUAUUACCUUCGGAAUAAGUGUGAACCGCAAUCUUCCGUCUCUUCCUUCCGAUUUCUAUCAAAUCUCAAAUCACAUAUCCAGACACCAUCAGGCAAUGGGCACUAAUGAAGCCUAUAUUUACACAAAACCUGGAUCUCCAGAUGAUCUUUCACAUGGAUUAUCUCUUUCUCAUUUUUCAUCUCACCUUACUAUUAAUUCAUCUUCUCCUUGUGGGAUUUUUCCUAGUGGCUCUGGAUUAAACCAAAGCAAUCAAAAUUUUUCUGGCGUUACGGAUAGCUCCGAAGGUCAUGUUGUACGGACAAGACGUCGCAAAGCUGGCAUAAGUGAUGAGGAGAGAGUUUGCAUUGUUUGUGGAGAGCCCGCCUCAGGGUACAAUUUCGACCGCUUGACUUGCGAAAGUUGUAAAGCGUUCUUUCGCCGCAAUGCCCUAAAACCCAGAGAUAAAGUAAAUUUUACAGCUCCUCCGCAUUACUAA